AUGACAAAACCGAUUGAACAUUAUGAUGCUGUGAAAGUUGUUCCACUUGAAACAGCUGUUGAACCGUUGGUUUCGUUGGUUCCCGAUAUUAAGGAAAUGGUUUUCAAAGCGAAACAGAAGUGUGAUCAACCAAAAGAUGGUUUGACAAUAGAUGAAUCUGCUUCAAUUAUGCUCUAUUCAUUGGAAUGGGAACCAAGAGAAAAAUCAUUAUAUGUUAUGUUGAAUAGCACUCUACGCGCUGAAGAUCGAGAAAAAAUAAAACCAUGGGAACUUUAUAUAAAACUUUUUGUUUCUUCACUUGAGAAAUUGCCAUCAAUUUCUCGAACUAUUUAUCGAGGAGUAAAAAUGGAUUUGAGUGCUCAAUAUCCACAAGGAAAAACAUUUGUUUGGUAUGCAUUCUCAUCAUGUACUAAUUCAGUACAAGUACUACAAUCCGAACAAUUUCUUGGAAAGACAGGAACGAGAACUCUCUUCAAUAUUGAUUGUGAAUCCGGCAAAAAUAUUCAAAAUCAUUCAUUCUUUCCAAAUGAAGAUGAAAUCCUAUUGAUUGCUGCUCGAAAACUUCAAGUGGUCUCAUGUCUUGAUUCUGGCAAUGGUCUUACCAUUAUUCAACUCAAAGAAGUUGGAGCAGACGAUCCUCUUCUAGGAUCUGCGCGUACAGACAGUACAUCUUCUGAAGCGAGCACUGCAUCAAAACCAAGUCAUGAAGAAGAUUCAGCAACUCCGGAUCUGAUCUCCCUUAAUCCUCAAAAUCUAAUUCCGCUCAAGGACCCAAAGCUUUCGAAUUUAUCUGGUUUUCUAUUUUAA